AUGAUUCGAGUCAGAGGGAUUACGAUCUUGAAUCUCAACUUUUGGGUGAAGUUCGGCUACGACAUCUUUGACGAAUUUCCCACAUCGCGCAUUGGCUUAUGGUUAUACGGAUACACGUAUUUACCAACAAAAGUUGAACCUUCAGAGAUAAAGACGGCCACUAAUUACACCGGAUUUAGAAAUCUACUAUAUUACAUGACUUACUUCUUCACUCAUGGUGCGCUGAAUACUGCAAAAGCCAUUGAUGCUUUGAAUGCUAUGUAUGACACGGAACAUCGGUUCAAUUGCUUGGUGUUUUGUACUGCUCAAUAUCGUACGACUCACCUCCCAUCGUUAAGUAGCCGCUUUGGUAAUGUCGUGGCAGUGGGCCUCAGUGGCACCAACCCAAAAGAAGUCUUACCUUGGGACGGCAGAUUAGUAUCAGUCCCUUACUACUACGAUGAGUCACAUAUUAGAGCUAUAGUUAGAGCCAUUGUAGAGCCGAAAACAACCACCAAGAAGGCGACCUCGACCACUCCAAACAGUGCGGUCCGAAUACAUUGAGAUUUUCACAAACAGAAGCUCAACUUUCAUUUUUAGCUAAAAUAUGUAAAUUGUGCCAAUUUUGUAAAUAAAUGUUU